CAUUCACUUGUGUGUCCUUGGCUGUGUGAAAUAAACAAUAUGCCUCACUUGACGUCGAACUAGCUGAAACUGUAACGUGUAGCAAAUGCCCUGCACACGAUAGACCGGGUGCCACCCUCGAGACAGCAAACCAGAAGGGCUUGUGCGUAAUUGAGCAGGAUGGCCCCUCGUCGCCUGCUUUUUUGCCUGGACGAGAGCCCUCAGAGUAUCCGUGGACUUGAAUGGACUCUGUUACAUCUUAAAAGACCAAGCGAUGAGCUGCACCUGGUCACGGUGUUGCCGCCGUUAGCAUACAACGUCUACCCUGUCGCACCCGUGGCCACUGGGGCUGCGGUAGCGGCUGUGACGCACCAAUGGGACGCCCAGCGGCGGGCGGAAGAGCACAGCGCCGCAGAGGUGCUCAAAGCGGCGGUGGACCUGGUGUGCACGCAACACAACAAGGUGCCCCGGGACCUGGUGCACACCAAAGCGCUGCCGGCGGCGGGCGGCGCGUCAGGCGUUGCUGAGAGCCUGGUGGAGUACGCCCGCGCGCAGUCCAUUGACCUGGCGGUGGUGGGCUGCCGCGGCAUGGGCGCACUGCAGCGCUCCCUGAUGUCGUUCAUCGGCCUGGGCAGCGUGUCGGACUACUGCUGCCACCACAUGCCCUGCCCCACCCUGGUGGUGCGCGGCGACGACGCCGUGUUGGGCCGCGGCCUCAUGGCGGCGGACGAGGCGCACCCGCCGCAGACCGCGCAGCCCAAGCGCGUCAUGGUGUGCUGCGACGACUCGCCGCACGCGCACGCCGCACUGCUGUGGGCGCUGGACCACGUGCUGCUGCCGCACGACCACCUGGUGCUGGCGGUGGUGGGAAACCCCGUGCCCUUCCCGGUCCUGGACGAGCCCGCCACGGUGGCGGCCAUGCAGAGCGCGCAGUACCGGGACGAGGCGGCGGCGGCGGUGGCGGCCGCGCGCGACGUGGCGGAGCGCUGCGCGGCGGCGGCGCAGCGGCGGGGCGUGGGCAAGACCAAGAUCACCAUUGCGGCGCUGCCGCCCGGCGGCUCGGCGGCGGACACGGGGGCGACGCUGUGCAAGCACGGCAAGGCCGAGGGUGUGGACCUGCUGGUGGUGGGCAGCCGUGGCAUGGGCGCCGUGGCCCGCUCGCUGCUGGGUCUGGUGGGCAUGGGCAGCGUCAGCGACCACCUGGCGCACCACAGCAGCAGCCCGCUGCUGGUGGUGCAGGGCGUGGCGGGGCACGGCGGCGACGGGCUGUCCGACCCCGACCUCACGCCGGGCGGCCCGGGCGGCACGGUGCAGAGCAUGAGCUCCACGCUGCGCCCCAUCACGGAGGGCGACGGCAGCGAGGCCAGCAGCAUGCAGUGAGGCCGGCAGUGAGGCGGGGGCAGUGAGGCGGGCAGUGAGGCGGUGGCUUUGCAUAGAAGCCGGCUACGGGGUAGCCGUCCAUGCAAGACGGGGAGGAGAGGGGUCUGGAGGCGGUGGAGAGCCUGAGCCCUGAGUCGCCUCUUCGCGGGAGGAGGAGGAGGAGGAGCAGGAGGAGGAGGAGGAGGAGGAGGCACCCGCGAGGCGACCGGCGAGAAGCAAGGAUGCGGGCCGGCGAGCCGGGGGACGGGUCACCUGCGGCUUCCUGGCGCGGCGUGAUCAUGUGACCAGCAGCGGAAGGAGGCGCUGGCGGGCCUCAGCCGUGAGCUAUCACGCGGAGGUUGUUCCGUCCGGACCCGACGCACGUUUUGGGGGCGGCCCUGCAGCUGUGGUGCCGGCAGCAGUGCCAGACGGGCGGCUGCUCGGUCGCCGGGGUGGUGGCCGCGGCCCGUCCCUGCAUGGUGCGCACCCAUGGCUGGGUCGCAGCAGCGGCGACAGCAUAUGCGCGGACCCUGGCGCCUGCGUGCCGGGUGCUUUCUGUUGUUGGUUGGGUAAUAGGGUGUUGAGCUCUCGACUUGCGGUUGACUUUCGGGUCUUGUGGGACGCUUGUUGGCUGUGCGGCAGACGCACAGGGUGUCAGUGUCACGUCCUCGGGGACAUGUGUGUUUGCAUGAAACAUGGCUGCAUGGGCGGGAAGGGCGCAACCCGCGACUGGGGCGUAUGGUUUACGGCGCCUGUUCUGCGGCAUGAAUAACUCGUGUUGGACUCGUGUGGCGGAAUAGAAUUGGGAAGCGACCAGCCGGACUAGAUGGCGGGGGUGCUACUGGUGUGUCGCUUGAGCACUGCAGGGGCUGUGGUGUGUUUGGUUGGGUCGGGAGGCGACGGGCGAGUGAGGCCAUUCGGAUUGAUGGCGGUAGCACACACCUCCCGGCACACACCCCGGUACACCUCCUGGGCCACCUCCCGAGCGCUCACUUGGGUGCGUGGCAGGGGCAGAUGCACAACUGAUGGGUGGGGGCCGGUGCGUUGGCGGUGCGCUGGCGUUGUGGGGCCCGGCGCAUGCACCUGCGGUGCUUCAGGACGAGGCCAGGCGGCGGCCAGGCCGCACGGUGGCACAGCGCGUGUGCGUGUGUGUGCAUGUUUGUUGUUGAGGUCAUUGAUGGCGCACACCCGCUACGAGGCGGGCAUUACAAGAUUGGACACAGUACGACGGGAGUCAGCUAGGGUGCUUUGGGGAACGUUUUAGUACGUGCCUUUGCCGUACUGUUGGACUGUUGACAGAACAGGAUUUGAUAUACCAAUAUGUAAACGGACGUUACU